AAUAUUUGUUUGCUAUUUCGGAAGAGUUGAACAAUUAACUAAAUUUUGAUAAACAAGCAACGAAUCAUAAAAUUUUAUAUAAAGAGAGCACUCUUUGGGCUCCAGAGGAAAGAAAAGUUGUUGUAAUGGCUGCCGUGUCAUGAAAUGAAGGUACCGAGCCAGGUUUGUGGUUCCACGAUGGAGGAUAACUCCAGUUCUGCAUCUCAAAAUCAUAAUGGACAAUUAUCUAGUGGUGCGAAUGUUCCACUGACAAACAAUAAACAUCAGGGGAAUGACAAUGGUACUAAUGGCGAUGCCAAGAAUGAAAGACCACAAUACUCUUUGCCUGGUGUUCUACAUUUUAUUCAGCAUGAAUGGGCUCGCUUUGAACUUGAAAGAAUGCAAUGGGAGCUUGAAAAAGCAGAACUUCAGGCUAGGAUAGCUUUUUUACAAGGUGAUCGAAAAGGUCAAGAUAAAUUAAAAAAUGACUUAGUAAGAAGAAUAAAAAUGUUAGAAUAUGCACUGAAACAAGAACGAGCAAGGUAUCACAAACUUAAGUAUGGCACAGAUUUGGUAAUCCAAGGAGAUACAAAACCUCCCAUUUAUGGAGAAGGUAUUUGUACUUGUGCUAAUUCUGAUGUUGGAGGUGGUGGUGACGGGGAAGCUCCAUUCACAUCUGUUAGUAACAUCAGUUGGAGACGUGGCCGCCAAAUUUUGAGACAAUACUUAGAAGAAAUUGGUUACACUGAUACAAUAAUAGAUAUACGAUCAAACAGAGUAAGAUCUUUACUUGGUUUAAGUAAUAAUGCAGACCAAGAAGAUAUGAAUACUCCUUCAUUAAAUGGUAAUGAACCAUCAAAUAAACAAACAACAGAAAACAAUGUUCACAGAGUUCCAGAAAAAAAGGUAGAGCAACCGUCUUCUACAGCAGAAGCAAUAAUAUUAGAUACAGAAGCAGCUGUUAUGGCGAACUUCGAAUUUCUGGCACAUGCAGAUAUGGAUAUGGAAGAAGAAGAAGGAGAUGUGGAAGAUGAUGCUUAUAAUAUCAAUAUGGAUCCUAAACCACCUAAACAAUCUAUGCUUUUGACAGAAGAUGUUGAUGCAGAAGCUGAAGAAGUAUUACAUGAAUUAAAUCUUCUCACAGAAAUUGAAGAAUCACCACCAGACGUACAAGUAGAUUGGAGUGUUUUUUUUAAAAAACGUACAGAUGCAGUACACAGAGAUCUACAUCCAGACCCAAAGCGGCUAAAUAAAGAAGGCGAUUCCACGUUGGAGUUGGGCGAAUUAGAGCAAUUGUGUGUAAACGAUGAAGCAGAAACAUCAUAUGAUAUGGUAGCUACUACAAAGGAGAGCUUAAGAAAAACAUGGAAUGCAAAAUACACGUUACGAUCGCACUUUGAUGCUGUUCGAGCUCUUGUCUUCCAUCCCACUGAUCCCGUUCUCAUAACUGCAAGCGAUGAUCAUACACUCAAACUAUGGAACCUUCACAAAACAUUACCAGCAAAAAAGUCAUCUUCAUUAGAUGUAGAACCAUUAUAUACAUUCAGAUCACAUACAGGUCCUGUAUUAUGUUUAGCCAUGUGCAGUACAGGCACUCAAUGCUAUAGUGGUGGUUUAGAUGGUAUGAUUCAUUGUUGGACACUUCCAUCAGCUAAUAUAGAUCCAUAUGACUCUUAUGAUCCAAGUGUCCUUAACCUAACUUUAGAAGGACAUACAAAUGCAGUUUGGGGUUUAAGUAUGUAUCAAGCUAAGUCCUUGUUAUCAAUCAGUGCAGAUGGGACUGUAAAAUUAUGGAACCCACUAAAAAAAUCAUCGCUACUUCAUACAUAUAUUUCUGAACAAGAUGGCAUACCAACAUCAGUAGACUUUAUCAGGGAUUCAAACAAAUUAGUUGUAGCUUAUGAAGGAGCAUGUGUGGUAUUUGAUACAGAAACUGGUGAAAGCGUAGCUCGUCUUGAGGCCAAUGAAACAAAGGGAGUAAACCGUGUCGUGGCGCAUCCUACAUUACCACUUGUUGUUGCAGCACACGAAGAUCGACAUAUUCGAUUUUAUGAUCAUCGAUCAGCUACCCUUGCUCAUGCCAUGGUUGCUCAUUUGGAUGCAGUUACUAGUCUUGCAGUAGAUCCUCAUGGUUUAUAUUUACUUUCAGGAAGUCAUGAUUGCAGUAUAAGAUUAUGGAAUAUGGAUAAUAAAACUUGUGUUCAAGAGAUAACAGCACAUCGUAAAAAGUUUGACGAAAGUAUUUUAGAUGUAGCAUUUCAUCCUUCGCGACCUUUUAUAGCAAGUGCAGGAGCUGAUGCUCUUGCCAAAGUGUAUGUGUGAAAUGUAAAUUAAGAUACACAUUUCUACUAUCAACAUACAUCAGA